AUGAGCAGUUCGGAGGAGGUAUCAUGGAUUUCAUGGUUCUGUGGUUUACGGGGGAACGAGUAUUUCUGCGAGGUGGAUGAAGAUUACAUAAAUGAUAAAUUUAACUUGACGGGUCUAAAUGAGCAAGUCCCACACUACAGACAAGCACUUGAUAUGGUCUUGGACCUGGAGCCUGAUGAUGACCUCGAUGAGAAUCCAAACCAAUCCGACUUAGUAGAGCAAGCUGCGGAAGUACUCUAUGGCUUAAUUCAUGCUCGAUAUAUAUUAACAAAUAGAGGUAUUGGACAGAUGCUUGAGAAAUUCCAAAGUGGUGACUUUGGUCAUUGCCCGCGUGUUUACUGCGAGUGUCAAGCUACACUUCCAAUAGGUCUCUCUGACGUCCCGGGCGAGGCGAUGGUGAAGCUCUACUGUCCUCGCUGCAUGGACGUGUACACACCCAAGUCCUCGCGUCACCACCACACGGACGGAGCCUUCUUCGGCACCGGUUUCCCUCACAUGUUGUUCAUGGUGCACCCGGAGACCAGGCCCAAGCGCCCCGCAUCACAGUUUGUGCCUAGAUUGUACGGCUUCAAGAUCCAUCCAAUGGCUUACCAGCUCCAACAGCAGGCCGCGGUGAACUUCAAAGCUCCGCUCCGCUUGGUGUCGUUCAAUAACGGUAAACGUUAG